AAGCUAUAUAAAGGGGAGGAAAGGCAGUGUUAAAAACCCACCAAUCCAUUCAAGGAUGGGAAAAAUGGGAUCUUCAAUGGCUCCUAUUCUUUUUGCUGCCUUUGUUGCUCUCCUUUCCCUAACUCUGCCGUCCACUACCAAUGCUAAUUAUAUCUACGCUUCUCCUCCUCCACCUAAGAAGGUAUAUUACCCGCCUCCAGUAUACCAUUCUCCUCCACCACCCAAGAAAUCAUACUAUCCACCUCCAGUGUAUCACUCUCCACCACCACCCAAGAAGGUUUACUAUCCACCACCAGUUUACUCUCCACCACCACCAAAGAAGGUGUAUUACCCACCUCCUGUCUACAAGUCUCCUCCGCCACCCAAGAAGGUUUAUUACCCACCUCCCGUCUACAAGUCUCCUCCGCCACCUAAGAAGGUGUAUUACCCACCUCCCGUCUACAAGUCUCCCCCGCCUCCCAAGAAGGUGUACUACCCACCUCCCGUCUACAAGUCUCCCCCACCUCCCAAGAAGGUGUACUACCCACCUCCCGUCUACAAGUCUCCCCCACCUCCCAAGAAGGUAUACUACCCUCCUCCCGUCUAUAAGUCUCCUCCACCACCAAAGAAGGUAUACUACCCACCUCCAGUCUACAAGUCUCCCCCACCUCCCAAGAAGGUAUACUAUCCACCACCCGUCUAUAAGUCUCCUCCACCACCAAAGAAAGUAUACUACCCACCACCAGUCUACUCACCACCACCGCCAAAGAAGGUAUACUACCCACCUCCCGUCUACUCACCACCACCACCGAAGAAGGUGUACUACCCACCUCCCGUCUACUCACCACCACCACCGAAGAAGGUGUACUACCCACCUCCCGUCUACUCACCACCACCACCGAAGAAGGUAUACUACCCACCCCCCGUCUACUCACCACCACCACCGAAGAAGGUAUACUACCCACCACCCGUCUACUCUCCACCACCACCGAAGAAGGUAUACUACCCACCACCCGUCUACUCUCCACCACCACCGAAGAAGGUAUACUACCCACCACCCGUCUACUCUCCACCACCACCGAAGAAGGUAUACUACCCUCCUCCCGUCUACUCUCCACCACCACCAAAGAAAGUAUACUAUCCACCUCCCGUCUACUCUCCACCACCACCAGUAUACCUCCCACCACCUCCGGUCUAUCAUUCUCCACCACCACCAGUAUACCAUUCCCCACCACCUCCCGUUUAUUACUACUCAUCGCCACCGCCACCUCCACACUACUAGGAAUUAAAUGUCCUAGGUCAAGGGAUCUGAAGAUGAGAAUAUAUAUAUGUGGAAGUCAAAAUAAGAGGGUUUUGUUUGAAAGAUUUGAAGCACACAGUGUGAAUUUUAGUUUGGUUCAAUAGGGGAAAUGAAAGGAAUCAAUCUCUAUAGUAUAUUUGGUGUUUCUUUUUCAUAUAUUACUAUUGAUAUUAUUAUAUUACAGCUUUCCAAUAUUAUUAUUGCAGGUUUUAAAUCAAAUCACAUGUAUUUGCUUUGUAAAACGGCUUUACUUCUCAUGUACUGUCUUUAUCUGUAAUGAAUCUUAGCUCAUCCUUUUUUGCUCAAAGCAGAGGUUGUGCUAUACUUAAUAGCUUAAUAAAUGCAUUUUCAUCACUUUUAA